AUAUAUGAACGUAUAAAGACAACCAAAACCAACUAACAAGGAACUCAGAGCUUUCUCCUCCAACGAUGGCUUCCCCUUCUCCGAUCCUCGAUCCUCAAACGUCAACCCCAAUCCCAACAAUUCCUCAGAUGAUCGAAACCCUUUCAGAUUUGCACAAAGAGCUCUCCACAGCCCUCGAAAAACGUUCCGCUACACCCACUCAAGCUGCCGGCGAUAAGAUAGUUCCGGCCGUCGUCGAGCCCCCUGCUCCGACACAAACCCCUGAAGAACAGCAAGGUAAGAAAGAAACAGAGCAAGUACCGGAAUUUAAUGGCAGCAACGAGACCCAUAAAGACCCCAAAGUUGAGAUAUUGCUGAACAACAUCCAGCUUUUGAUGGAGGCGUUGAAGACGAUGAUAAAUAAUCGCGAUAAGAAGCUUAAUGUGCCGAUACAGAGCAUAAAAGCCAAUCUCGAUACGGUUAUCAAAAUGGUCAAAGAAGCCCCUGCUGGUUCUCCACUGACCCAGAAAAUCGGAGAGGAGUAUCUCGACGCCAUAAACAAAGAUAUGAGGACGUUGAAGUUCCAGAUUCCUUCGUAUCGUAGGUUGUCCUUGGCCAAAACCACCGCCCAUUUUGGUGACAGGGGAAGUAAUACGCGGAAGCCGGAUGAGUUCUUCAGGUUGCCUAACUUGUAUGGCGUUGACGUGUUCGACGAAAGUCCCGCUUUCAAAGAAAUUCAGACAUUUUACAAUGGUUUUGAUGAUCUCCUUAAGAAAUGUUUUUUGUAUUUUGCUGUGUUUCCUGAAAAUGUAGUGUUAAAGAAGCGGUUUCUUACCUAUUGGUGGAUUGGAGAAGACUUAUUAGACGCUUCAGGCACUGGAGAUUCAAGUCCAGAGAAUAAGGCUGGUAUGAUUCUCCAGAAAUUUGCAGAUAAGGGUUUGAUUGUGCCGGUGAAGGAAGAACAGAAGAAGGUCAAAAAGAAAUUUAGAAUGCCCCCUCUUGUGCGUUCUGCUGCCAUUAAACUGGCCACUGCAGAGAGAUUUUUGAAGUAUGAUUCUGGGGACAACCCAACUUGUGAAUCAUCCAGCUGUGAUAGAAUUUUUCUGGUGAAGGGGGGAGGCUUUCAUCCGCCGGAAGCGCCGACGAAGAAUCAGAAGUUAGAAGAAAAGAUGGGAACAAUCUUCAAUGUUAGUCAACCUUUCCCCGAUUCUGCAUUGGAGUGGUUGGCCAAGCAGGGGGUUAUAGACAUAAGAACUACCAAAGUUGUGGAGUGGUUGCUAAAGCUGAGAAACCUCAAAGUUCUUUACUUGGGGAGGUGGCAAAGUGAAGUUGAUGAUGAGGAGCAUGUGGUUGAGGUUGAAAGCCUUGAGUUCUUAGAAGGUUUGAAGAAAAUGAAAAAACUGAGGCUUUUGAGCCUUCAGGGGAUCUUUUGGAUCAAUGAGCUUCCAAAUUCCAUAAAUAGGCUUUGUGAUCUCAGGGUUUUAGACUUGAAAUGUUGUUACAAUCUGGAGAAACUUCCUGGAGGCAUUGGAUCUCUCAAGAGCCUUACACAUUUGGAUGUCACUGGCUGUUAUAUGCUAAAUGGAAUGCCAAAGAGCAUAUCUAGACUCACUCAACUGAGAGUCUUGAAGGGGUUUAUUACAGGCAAGUCAAGUCUUAAUUAUUUAAAAGGCUUAAAGAAACUGAGAAAGUUGAGCAUCAACACAAGCAGCCAUGAUUUUCCUAACGAUAAUGAUCUACGUGUUCUUCGAGAUCUUGGGGAGCAUGGUGAGCUACAAAAUCUCGCAAUUGUGUGGGUGGCCCAAGAGGUGAAGUCGAAUCAACAACCUCCCGAGACUGCAAGAGGAAUGUUUGUACAAAAUUUCUCCAAGCAAUUUAGCAAAGUAACCGUACCACCCAAUGAUGAGACCUUAGAACUGCCAAAGAAGUUAGAGAAGCUGGAGCUCGAAUGUCUACGGGUGGAAGAGCUACCCAACUGGCUAAAUCCUGAUAACUUGAAAACCUUAAAGAAGCUCUACAUUAGAGGGGGGAGCCUAAAAAAGCUCGGCGACAAAAAGUGGGAGGCGGCAGAGGUUGUUCGUUUAAAAUACAUGACGGAAUUACAGAUUGACUGGAGAGAACUUCAAAACUCUUUUCCAAAGUUGAGUUACUUGCAGAAAGUUAAAUGUCCAAGAGUCACUUUCUGCCCCUGUGAUGCCAAUGGAGUUUGGAUAAAGCCCUGACAGUAGUGAUCAAAACAAUGGUGGGACAGGGAAGCAGCAACCUAGAAGUGUAGCUGCUUAUGGUGAUAUUCUUGGCUGUCUUAUGAUAGAGGGUUUCCACGUAACUGUGUUAUUCUCUUCUCUACGCUUUUAUUUUUAACAUGGUAUCAGAGCGAGGCGACGAAACCUUAGCCGCUAUGGAAGAGAAUCAAGCACAGUCAUCUUCUACAGAUGGAACUUCGAGUUUUGACAUGAAGACGACAAUUCAAGCGGCUGUAAAAGAAUGUUUUCAAGCAGCCUUACCGAAGUUGCUUUCAGUUGUUCAACAACAGUCGAUGGAGAGUCGUCAUCCAUAGGCGCCACCGCGUCAGAUAGACAAACAGACCGCAAGCAGAUCGAUCCAACUGAUCCAGGUGAUAGGGUGUCGUUCGUGCCAUCGGAGUCCGUCGUGCUUCCUCAAACGUCUUUUCUGGUUGGGGUCGUGCCGAUUAGCCAGCUUGCCUCAGAUCCAGUCGACUUUUAGCGGGCUAUGCCGAAUACGAACGUCACGGCGAUCGACCGCGUGUUUGGUACCUUUGUGGCUGGAGUCGAUUGACCGUCCGCGUCAAAUGGAUCUAACUGCCCGUCUGUGUCAAAUCUGAUUUACCCAAUGACGAGCUAGUUUGCCCGCAGGUUUCAGCCAUCUAUCUACUACCCGACGGCGAGCCAGUCUGCCGGCGAUCACCUCGAGUCGUCCGGUUAGCUGGGUACUUCACAGGUGCCGGCGACCUCUGUCCAACCGAUGAUGUCUUUUUAGCAGAAAGUAGCAAACCCUGUUCUGGCUACUUGUGGUUUGACCCAUUACCCAGACGAUGUGAGACAACGGUUGGCUUAUCUACAACAACAGAUUUCAGAUUUAGAUACAAUGUUUGGCGCAAAUCUCAAUCCUGUUCAACCAGUUUAUACAGAGAACCUGGUAAACUCAUUCCCUGUUUUGCUGAAUGUUUCUUAUUUAUCUAGUUCAAUGGGUAAUUCUGUAGGACUUCUUAUAGGGGAAAAGUUAAAUGGUCAGAAUUAUUUCUCCUGGUCCCAAUCAUCCGAAUGGCCUUGGAAUGACGUCAUAAAUUUGAGUACCUGACAGGGGAAAUUCCAAAACCAGCACCUGGCGAUCCGCAGGAACGAAUCUGGAAAGGAGAAGACUCACUGUUACGCUCUGUUUUGGUGAAUAGUAUGGAGCCUCAAAUAGGGAGACCAUUAUUAUAUGCUACAACUGCCAAGGAUAUCUGGGAGGCAGCGCAAGAUCUGUUCUAAAAAAGACAGAAUGCCUCUCGUUUUUAUACGCUCCACAAACAAGUCCAUGAAUGCAAACAAGGAUCCAUGGACGUUACAUCUUAUUUUAACAAACUGUCAAUGCUAUGGCAAGAAAUGGACUUGUGUCGAGAUAUUGUCUGGAACUGUGCACAAGAUGAAGCCCAAUACUUGAAAAUCGAAGAGGCAGAUUGUGUUUACGUGUUCUUGGCUGGAUUAAACCCUAAAUUUGAUGGUGUUUGUAGUCGAAUAUUGGGCUAACGCCCGACUCCUUCACUUAGAGAAGUCUGCUCCGAAAUAUGGCUUGAAGAGGAUCAGUCGUGUGCUAUGAAUAAUUCCAUUCCUACAACUGAUACAGUUGCUUUCAUUGCAAAGUUGUCCAGUGCUGAUGGUGAUAAAAACCCCCACUCGUGUGUGAACAUUAUAAAACGCUCUGGCACACAAAGGACCAGUGUUGGAAACUGCACGAGAAGUCCCCAAACAGCAGGCGACGAUAGUCUCAUGACAAAUUUAAUACUAGUCAUGCCUUGGUAAGUGACUCAAUAGAUGAAUAGACUCAGAAGCAAUCUUCUGUUGACAGUAAGCACAACUUGAGUACGGUUGGGAAGAGUGCAAUUGCACAGUCAGGUAAUUUUUCUUCA